AUGGCGUCGGCGACCGCAACCGCGCCGGCGGGCACCGAGACCUUCUCGGUGAACCCGUCGCCGGACGAGAUCGCGCUGUGCACGAUCGACACCUGCCCGAUCAACUCGUCCUUCUACAUGUACCGGCUAUCACUGGCGACCAACGUGGCGUUCGCGGCCAUCUUCGGCUUCCACUUCGCCGCCUUCACCGCGGUCUGGGCCUGGACGCGCCGCGGCACGAGCUUCACCGUGCCCUUCCUGCUCGGCAUCGCCUGCGAGAUCGUCGGCUACGCGGGGCGCAUCAAGUCCUACUACAACCAGUGGGAGGAGACGGGCUUCUUCAUGCAGAUCAUCGGCCUCACCAUCGGCCCGGCCUUCCUGUCCGCGAGCGUGUACCUGUGCCUGUCGCGCAUCGUGGCCAUCUACGGGCCGGCCAACUCGCGCAUCCCGGCCGGGUGGUACACCCGCAUCUUCAUCCCCUGCGACAUCGUCUCCCUCGUCCUGCAAGCGGGCGGCGGGGCGGCUGCGUCGGUGGCGCUGGACAACCACACGAGCCUGGACCCGGGCGACAACGCGAUGCUGGCGGGGCUGAUCCUGCAGGUGGUGACGCUGGCCAUCUUCGUCGGGCUGUGCGCCGACUUCGGGCUGCGCACGUGGCGGCGGGCGCGGGCGGUCGGGUGCGCGGCGGCGCUGCCGCAGGACGCGGCGCUCGCGCGCGCCCGCGCCUCGUGGUCCUUCCGCGGUUUCCUGGCCGCGCUCGGCCUCGCGGUGCUGGCCAUCUUCUGGCGGGCUGGACCGGCCCGCAUGUACGACCAGUGGAUGUUCGUCGGGUUCGAGGGCGUCAUGGUUGUCGCGGCCGUGUCGGCCCUGCUGGUUUUCCACCCGGCCGUGUGCCUGGGCGAGCUGAUCGAGCUGCACGCGGAGACGGCUAGGGUAAGGGCAGGGCAGGAGGAGGAGCUCGGCGAGGAGCGCGAGAUGGUCAAGUUUGCUCGCGGUGUGGCUGGCGGUGGCAGCUCGGACGACAACACCGAGCAUGGGGAGCGCCAGCCUCCGGUGCCAUAG